UUGAUUAUGUGGAUGGUGGACAACUUUAAAGAGGAGGAUUGCUCAUUGACUAUUUGCGGGAAGACGUUUGUCCUCACAACGGAGUUGUUUGGUGAAGUUAUGGGGUUGUCUGAUGGGGGGGACGACUUUGAGCAGUAAGGCACCGAUGAGGAAGUGAUUAAUCGGAAGAAAGAAAUAAUGGAUGGAAGGAGGCACGUACAGUUGUCUGAUUUGGAGGAUGACUUGUUAGAUGAUAAGCAUCCUGAUGACAUAUUUAUUAGGAAGUUUUUACUGUUUGCUAGUGGAACUAUCUUAAUGCCAACAACAGUUGUUGUGGUUGGAACAACCAUACUUUCUUUCAUAAACGGUGUUCAUAGUGUGAAGAACUUAAAUUGGGCAACACAGUGUCUUAGCCAUCUUGUUAAGGCAAUAAUGCAUUAUAAAAAAAGGAAAGGGGAAUUCAUUGGUGGAUGUGUGCUAUUUCUACAGGUGUUUUACUUGCACCACUUGGAGGGUCACUCUCAAUUCAUCGAUCGCAGUAAAGUACCAAUAACUGCGUGGACAGAGAAGAAGACUAGAGCAGUUCUAAGAUGGAUUAAGGCUUCCGGCGGUUACUCUGUUAAGAAGAUGCGGUCAUCAAUGGUCGAGGAAUCAGGUGUUGGAAGAAGGACCAUUGAAACGCAUGCCUUCAACAUCAUGACUGAAGUAAACCGAACGAAGGAUGUGGUCAGUGAGUUGGCUCAGCAACUCUCUAAGUUUAAAGAAGAUAUGUUGGAUGUUAUUAGGAGAGAAGUUCGUGGUGUGACUUCCGAAGCAUUAGACGAGGCUAAUUCCAAUGCAGGGAAAUCCGAUGAAGUAAGGAGAAGUGUCGCCAACAAGAGUACGGGCACGGAGGGUAUUCAAAAUGACGCCCCGUUGUGUGAACCUCCAAUUAAACACGUAGCAGGGGCAGCAAAUGAAGGGACAUCCAUUUCUGAGAUAAUGCGUGGAAUGGAUAAUAUCGAAGAUGAGUUUGCAAGCGUUUUUAAGUCACUCAAUAGGAUACACUCAGGACAAUCGAAGCGGAAUGUUGUUGGUUCAAGUGAUUUGAAAACCAAUGUAAAUGGUUGGUUGGCUGCCAUAGAUCCUCCGGAUAGUUUGCGAAGCGAUGAAGUUGUUGACGUGACAAUGGAGUGUACAGAAAUAAGUGAUUCAGAAACCCGUAUUGCUGAAUUCGUUAGACAAAACCAUCCCCGUGACCCGACUUGUCUUCUUAAAGAAUACGUAGCAAGUAAGGGUCGAAGAGUAGGAAACUUUCUGUUGCGAUUUGUCGUUAAGCCAACUGACCUAUGUGUUGCUUUGUAUGUAUAUGACGAGUCAUUGAAGAAUAGUGAGAUCCUUGACUCGUUUGGAAGAUUUUCCUUAAGGCGGAUGCACCUUGUUGAGUUAGCUCCCGGCCGAAAUAUUAGCGGCGUUAUUAUUGAUUGCUAUGCCCGUUGUUUAACGGAGGCUUUGCGAAGGGAGUUCCCCAAUCCUAUGGAGCAGCCAGUUUGGGUCCUUCCAACUCGAAUUUCGGUACUUUAUGCCACACUUAAGGAAGAAGGCAUCCAGAAGCACAUAAAAUUAAUGCAUUAUGCGGAAGCUGAGGAAUGGCGUCGUAAUUUUCUUGGUGAUGUUAGAGCCUGUGAUAAGGUUAGCGUGCUUGCCAACUUACUCGCAAGUGAUUUGGAAUUGGCAUAUGAUGACGGACUGAAUCUUAGUUCGUUCAAAGUAGUGCAUAAGAAGGAUAUACCAACUCAAGCGAAUGGGAAUGACUGUGGCAUCUUUGUACUAAAAUUCAUGUGGGCUGCUGCAACAGGGAACACCGUAGAUAGUAAGUUCGAUUUGGAGGAGGCACGGUUUUUUCUCAGUCUUGAACUUGUUAGAUCAAAGAUAAAAAAUGUUAGGGAAGGCACUCUGAAUGCAGUGUACAAGCAUUCAAAGGACGUUAUGUCGAGGUACAGUCUGCAGGAGUUGAGCACCACUACGGAGGAGAAAGUAAGUGCACCAUCAGUCGUUGACCCAGAGCCUGGAGUGCAAAAUUUGGCGUAUGCGACAAAGAAGAAGAGGGCUUUACGCUGGGGUCGCAAGGGGUAAUGUCCUGCUACCAUUGCAUAAAGAAGAAGUGGACUGCAGAGCUAUAGGAUUAACAUCUACCACAACAGUUGUGUAUUUUUUCCGGAUUUGAUCCAGCGGGUUUGAAAGGCAAAAAAUGGCCCGUAGAAACAAUUCAAGGAUAUAGUAUGAAAUAAAGUAUACAAUCAUGCUUCUGUCCCAUAAAAGUAUUUUGGUGUUCAAUUGAUUGUUGUUUUGAUGUAAAUGGGACUCCUUGAAGCCUUUUUCCCACGACAUCUUUUAUAGUUGUGACAAACAGUAGGUCAACAACUAUAUUAGGUUACUGUUUAUCUUGUUUAUCUUACUUAACCUUUGAUGGAAUUCAUGUGGACGUUUACAUAUAUAUAUAUAUAUAUAUAUUCGGUUGAU